UGCUCCUUGAACCUAUCCAUCAUGGCCGAUGCUGAUCUUGAUUUCACCACUGGAGAUGCUGGGGCUUCCAGCACCUAUCCCAUGCAGUGCAGUGCUCUGCGCAAGAAUGGAUUUGUGGUGCUGAAAAUGCGUCCCUGCAAGAUUGUUGAAAUGUCAACCUCCAAGACUGGCAAGCACGGCCAUGCCAAGGUUCACAUGGUUGGCAUUGACAUCUUCUCUGGUAAAAAGUAUGAAGAUAUCUGCCCAUCCACCCACAACAUGGAUGUCCCAAACAUCAAGAGAAAUGACUAUCAGCUGAUUGGCAUUACAGAUGGCUUCCUUUCCCUGCUGACGGAUAACGGUGAUGUCCGUGAAGAUCUCAGACUGCCAGACAGUGAUCUGGGCAAAGAAAUUGAAUCUAAAUAUGAGGCCGGUGAAGAGAUACUGGUUUCUGUGCUGUCAGCCAUGGGUGAGGAAGCUGCAGUUGCCAUCAAGGCUAUGACCAAGUAAAUAGGAAGAGAGACUGGCUGCUCAGGCUGAGACCUACCACAAAUUAAUUUUGGUUCUAAUUGUCACCAAAGCUAUGGCCUUCACAAACAACCUCAAUUGUUUCUCGAUUUGUUUUUCUUUUUCCAAAACACUGCUGGACUUUUAGAACUGUCUUGUAGGCUGAUUGGUGUUUUGCCAAAUCACUGAGGUUUUUUAAUUGUGUGAUUUCUUUUUUUUUUUUUGUCUUUCAAGAUGUCAGUCUUACCACUUACAUUCCAAAAUGUUUAAAAGAAAAACAGGAUCCAAUUUUGUGACCCCAGCUUCAUUAAUGUUAUAUUCUCAGGAGAAUCUUGCAUUUUGACUUCUACAAAAAUGUAAUGUAGCUUUUAUUUUAAAAACUGACAGGUGCCCAGGGUCAGCAGCAUUUUUUUUCAAUGGAGGUUAUACUGUUGUCAAGAUAUUGAAUGUUGGUAGCCCCUGCUUAUUGUGCAUAACUGAAUGCUACUGAAGACCAAUCUAUGGAUCUCCAGAUGGCACUUAAAGUAGGCCCGGGUAUUACUAAAAUUCUCACAUCCCAGAAACAAACUUCAGUGAUUUUUCUAAAUGCCAGUCUGCCUUAAUUCAAACCUGCAGCCAAGUGAAACCUGGUGGCCCUGUGCAAUUACCUCUGUACUAGACACCAACUUGUUGGCUGUCAUUGGCAACCAUAAUAAGUGUCAAAGCCUGUACAUGUCUCAACUAAGUAGGCAUUCAGAAUGUUGUUCUGACGCCUAAUGGCUUACGUAAAAGAGGGACUCAAACUGGAGGAAGGGUGUUAACAUUGCAAAACCUUUACACUUGAGGCCUUUGUCACCAGACUGGAGAAAAAAAUAAAUAAAAAAUAGAAAAAAAUGCAGUUCAGUUGCUUAUUUCUUUUAUUGUAUUUGUCAUGCGGUGAUAUUAAAAUAAGUGAAGAACUUCCCCUGCA